ACCUAGCCUAGGUAUUUCGGCCAUGGCCCACAUGCCGUGGACUCCCGGCCUUUCUCGGCCGUUCCAUUCCACAUUUUUCGGCGCGACUGCGAGCAUAUCCCGGGCGCCUCAGAGAGCACCUGAUGCCAGAGUUGUGGUCGCAUCCCUGGCCGUUGUCAAGGCGUCCAGAUCACGCUCCUUAACCUGCUGCCGGUCAGCUCGGCGUGCUGAGAAAACGACCCACCUUUUGGUGGACGGAGACUGCCACAGCAUUGAUACCAUUCAGUCGGCAAUCGGCAGCUUGAAGCAGGAGCGAAAGGCUGUUUACACCACCUUGUUUGCUGCGCCGGAAAAGGUGCAAAAUACACAUUGGGCGCAGUUGUGUGAUACUCCUGGCGUUGAGUUUUGCGCAGUGCCACGUGCUGACCACCCAUCAAAGGAGGCAAAUGAUGAGGCGAUAAUCUCUAGAUUGCGCAGUUUGGCAGGGCAGCCAGAUAUCGCCGGCAUUGUUUUGUUAACAAUUGACACGGACUUCGUGGAGCCCCUUCUGGGUGCCAAGCAAUGUGGACAGCUGCUGGGAGCUUGCAUACCGGAGCGCCACUACAACGUAGUGAAGCGAUACCGACGGGCCGGCAUUUCUGUGCGCGAGCUGCCGCAGGGAGGAUCUGGGUCCAAGGUUCGAGCAGUUCUUCAUGAAGAUGGAACCGGCAGCGUUCGAAAAGCCGAGACUUAUUGUCCGGUCGAGAACGCGGCUGGUGCUGAGCUGGUGCGCGACAAACUCAGGUCUUUGGGUUUCGAUUGCUCAAAGGACGCGACAUCGAAGAACUUUCUCAUUCAAUCCGCCGCCAAGUUCUGGUACUCAAAUCAGUUAGGCCCCCUUACUGUGUAUCCUUUCCAACUGGCAACGCUAGCGGCGCAUGACCUGCUAGUGCAAAGCCGCCGCAGGGCUUCAUUCAAAGCAUCCCAGGGUGAACUAGCAUUUCUUUUGCCAGUAACUCCGAACCGGACUUCAAAGCUGCAGUAUGGGAGCUCGUUGGCGCGGGCAGUGUAUGAAGGCGGUGGCCCCUGUAUGCUGGAGGACGUUGAUUUGAUAGCACGCGCCUUGCGCAAACUGGGUUACGGAGAAGGCCGUCACCCUGCAGAACUGGCGGAGUCCAUGUUCAUUUUCGCCAACACCGGCAUAAACAAGAAGACGUUGCGGAAAAUGGGCCUGCUGCCCUGCCCUGACGAUCAAGAGUUCGAUGUCGCCAAGAAGCUCCGGGCAGCAUUCCUAUCUCAUGAGACGCACGGGAUGUGGCAGCUUGCGUCCGCAGAUAGUCACAACUUGCGGGGCCUUCUUCGAAAGGAAGGCUGCCUCCGCCUGUCAAAGCCUGGCGAUAAGGUCUCGGGUGAGGAGCUGAAAGAUGCAAUGCUGAGGUUCUCUGCGAAGCACCGCCUUCCGCGUAUGCGCACCCUGCAGGGCCUCGUCUGGCAAGUGCUGCGCCACGUGAACCGCAAGAACCCUGAAAAGACGGGCGAGGACUGCCCCCAGGAGCGCAUGCAGGGCGCAGCUGGGCAGAGCAAAAGAGGAAAGGGGGAUCUGGGCCCAAAGUUCGAGCAGUUCUUCAUGCAGAUGGGACUGGCAGCAUCCAUACAGAAGGCUGUCUACACUUGCAAGGGCCUGGCGUAG